GAUCUUGGUGCUCAAAUUCCGCUUGAACAGGUCCCAUCAGAACAGCAAAGGAUUGUUCAGCUAUGCAGGCAGCUUAAUAAGCCUGUUAUAGUAGCCUCCCAGCUGCUUGAAUCUAUGAUUGAAUACCCUAUUCCAACUAGAGCCGAAGUGGCUGAUAUUUCCGAAGCAGUUAGGCAAAGGGGGGAUGCUUUGAUGCUCUCUGGUGAGUCAGCCAUGGGCCAGUAUCCUGAGAAGGCAUUGAGUGUUCUAAAAAGUGCUAGUUUAAGAAUUGAAAGAAGCUGGAGAGAACAAAAACACCAUGAAGUUAUUGAACUACCAUCCAUAGCGUCUUCUUUUACUGGCAGUAUCUCAGAGGAGAUUUGCAACUCUGCUGCCCAGAUGGCUAACAAUUUGGAAGUUGAUGCUCUUUUUGUUUACACCAAGNAAGUUGAUGCUCUUUUUGUUUACACCAAAAACGGACACAUGGCUUCUCUCUUGUCACGAUGUCGUCCUGACUGCCCAAUUUUUGCAUUUACAACCACAACAUCUGUACGUAGACGCCUGAACCUGCAAUGGGGUCUGACACCUUUCCGCUUGAGUUUCUCCAACGAUAUGGAAAGCAACCUCAACAAAACAUUCUCCUUGUUAAAAGCUCGGGGCAUGGUCAGAUCAGGUGACCUUAUCAUUGCUGUUUCUGAUAUGCUGCAGUCCGUUCAAGUUAUGAAUGUUCCAUGACCACAUGCUUUUUUCAUAAGUUCUGAGCUGGGAAACCUUGAUAAUCUAUUCCCCAAUCAUAUUAAUAUAUGGUCAUCAGUUUUUUUCUUUGCUAGAGAGUUAAAUAUCACAUUUUUCUUAAUUAUAUCCAAUUCUUGGGAGCUGGAUUACUGACUUUUGGUGUAACUCAACUGUAUUACUAAACUUUGCCUUCCGUUGGAAGUUGGCAACAAAAAUGUUAGCGCUAUUACUCUUUUGUCUCA